UGGCUUCUACCCCUUCCUCCCUGGAAGGGCUCAGAAAGAUGGCUCUGGCCCUGGGGGUCUUCAGUCUGCUGGGCUUGGCCUGCUUGGUAUCGGCCAACAUCUUUGAAUACCAGGUGGACUCCCAGCCUCUCCGUCCGUGCGAGCUGCAGAGAGAAAGGGCCUUCCAGACGCGAGCAGCUUACGUUCCCCAGUGUGCAGAGGAUGGCAGCUUCCAGACUACCCAGUGCAGGAACGGCGGUGGCUCCUGCUGGUGUGUGGACGCUGACGGCAGGGAAGUGCCUGGCAGCCGGCGGCCCGGGCGCCCCACGGCCUGUCUGUCCUUCUGCCAGCUGCACAGGCAGCAGAUCUUGCUGAGCAGCUACCUUAACAGCACGGCCACAUCCUACCUCCCUCAGUGUCAGGACUCCGGGGAGUACGCGCCUGUGCAGUGCGACCUGCGGCGGGAGCAGUGCUGGUGUGUGGACGCGGAGGGGAUGGAGGUGUACGGGACCCGCCAGCGGGGGCGGCCGACGCGAUGUCCAAAGAGCUGUGAGAUAAGAAACCGCCGUCUUCUCCAUGGAGUGGGCGACAAGUCACCGCCCCAGUGUUCUCCAGACGGAGCCUUCAUGCCUGUCCAGUGCAAGUUUGUCAACACCACAGAUAUGAUGAUUUUCGACCUGGUCCAUAGCUACAACAGGUUCCCAGACGCAUUCGUGACCUUCAGUUCCUUCCGGAGCAGGUUCCCGGAGGUGUCUGGGUACUGUCACUGCGUGGACAGCCAAGGGCGGGAGCUGGCGGAGACAGGUCUGGAGCUGUUACUCGAUGAAAUUUAUGACACCAUUUUCGCUGGCCUGGACCUCGCUUCCACCUUCACCGAGACCACCCUGUACCGGAUAUUGCAGAGACGGUUCCUAGCAGUUCAACUAAUCAUCUCCGGCAGAUUCCGAUGCCCCACGAAGUGUGAAGUGGAGCGGUUUGCAGCCACCAGCUUUGGUCACCCGCACGUUCCGAGCUGCCGCCGAGAUGGGGGCUACGAGGUGGUGCAGUGUCAGCAGGAAGGGCCGUGCUGGUGCGUGGACGCCCGAGGACGGGAGGCCCACGGGACGCGGUGGCCAGGGCAGCCUCUGUCUUGCGCUGAGGACCAGCGCUGUCCCUCGGAGCGGCGGCGGGCCCUGUCCAGACUGCGCUUUGGGCCCGCGGGCUACUUCAGCCAGCAUGACUUGUUCUCGGUCUCUCAGGGCGUCACCAGACUGGCCACAUCCUGCCCACCCUCCCUCAAGGAGCUCUUUGUGGAUUCUGGGAUUCUCCAGCCCCUGCUACCAGGGCAGGGAAAACAGUCUGGCGCCCCAGAAGGUCUCCUCAAGGAGGCUCUCCCGGCGAUUCUCCCCUCCCGAGAGCUGGCCCGUCUCGCCCUCCAGUUUACCACCAACCCAAAGCGACUCCAGCAAAAUCUCUUUGGAGGGAGGUUUUUGGAGAACGUCGGCCAGUUUAACUUGUCUGGAGCCCUGGGCACAAGAGGCACAUUUAAUUUCAGUCACUUUUUCCAGCAACUUGGUCUCCCAGGCUUCCAGAAUGGACGGGCAAUAGCAGACCCAGCCAAGCCCCUCUCCGUGGGAUUGGAUUCCAAUCCUGCCACAGAAGCCCCCGGAACCCUGAAGACAGGUGUUGCUACAAAUAAGUCAGUUGUGGGCAGCUUUGGCUUCGAAGUCAACUUACAGGAGAACCAAAAUGCCCUGAAAUCCCUUUCUUCCCUCCUGGAGCUUCCAGAAUUCCUUCUCUUCUUGCAGCAUGCUGUUUCUGUGCCAGAGGACAUAGCCAGGGAUUUAGGUGACGUGAUGGAGAUGGCUCUCAGCUCCCAGGGCUGUGAGCAGACACCUGGCAGCCUCUUUGUCCCUUCGUGCACUGCAGAAGGGAGCUACGAGGAUGUCCAGUGCUUUGCAGGAGAGUGCUGGUGCGUGGAUUCCCGGGGCCAAGAGCUUGCCGGCUCCAGGGUUAGGGGCAGACGACCGAGGUGCCCCACAGAGUGCGAAAAGCAAAGAGCGCGCAUGCAAAGCCUCUUGGGCAGCCAGCCCGCUGGGUCCAGCCUGUUUGUCCCUUCUUGUACCCGCGAGGGGCACUUCCUGCCUGUCCAGUGCUUUAACUCAGAGUGCCACUGUGUGGACGCCGAGGGGCAGCUCAUUCCUGGGACUCGAAGUGUACCUGGAGAACCCAAGCAAUGCCCCACACUCUGUCAGUUACAGGCUGAGCAGGACUUCCUGGGGACCGUGCGGGCCCUGGUCUCUAACCCCAGUGUGCCGCCCGCCCCCUCCAGCAUCUACAUUCCACAGUGCAGUGCCAAUGGGCGGUGGAGACCCGUGCAAUGUGAUGGGCCCCCAGAGCAGGCCUUCGAGUGGUAUGAACGAUGGGAGGCUCAGAACAAUGGUGGCCAGGAGCUGACCCCUGCAGAGCUGCUAAUGAAGAUUGUGAGCUAUAGAGAAGCAGCUUCCAGAAGCUUCCGUCUCUUUGUGCAAAGUCUGUAUGAGGCCGGCCAGCAAGCCAUCUUCCCGGGGCUGGCAAGAUACUCUUCUCUCCAAGAUGUCCCACUGGCGGUGCUGGAAGGGAACCUGACCCAGCCUGGGGGGAACGUCCUUCUGGAGCCAUACCUCUUCUGGCAGCUCCUGAACGGCCAGCUCAGACGAUACCCAGGCCCCUACUCCGACUUCAGUGCUCCACUCUCCCACUUUGACCUUCGGAGCUGCUGGUGUGUGAAUGAGGCUGGUCAAAAACUGGAAGGAACCCAGACCGAGCCCAGCAAGGUCCCAGCAUGUCCUGGCUCUUGUGAGGAAGUGAAGCUCCGUGUCCUACAGUUCAUUAAGGAAACAGAAGAGAUUGUCCUGGAUUCCAGCAGUUCUCAGUUUCCUCUGGGAGAGAGUUUCCUCGCUGCCAAAGGGAUCAGGCUGACCAAUGAGGAGCUCGCCCUUCCUCUGCUGCCCCCAUCCCGGGAGACAUUCUUGGAGAAGUUUCUGAGUGGGAGCGACUAUGCCAUUCGAUUGGCAGCUCAGUCUACCUUGGACUUCUACCGUGACUCCCCACGAGCAUCCACCCUUCUGCCGUCUGGCCCCUAUGUGCCCCAGUGUGACACGUUCGGAAGUUGGGAGCCGGUGCAGUGCCAUGCCCAGACUGGGCACUGCUGGUGUGUGGACGGGAAGGGAGAGUAUGUGCCUGGCUCGCUGACUGCCCGUUCCCCCCAGGCCCCUCAAUGCCCUACCACCUGUGAGAAAUCUCGAGCCAGUGGGCUGCUUUCCAGUUGGAAACAGGCUGGCUCCCAAGUAAAACCAUCUCCGGAAGACCUGUUCAUCCCAGCCUGCUCAGAGACAGGAGAGUUUGCCAGGCUGCAGGCAUCGCAGGGCGGCGUCUGGUGUGUGGACCCGGUCUCGGGACAGAGCAUGCCGCCUGGCACGAACAGCAGUGCCCAGUGCCCGAGCCUCUGUGAAGUGCUCCAGAGUGGAGUCCCCUCCAGGAGAGCUGGCCCAGGCUACACCCCGGCCUGCAGGGCAGAGGAUGGAGGCUUCUCCCCCGUGCAAUGCAACCCAGGCCAGGGCAGCUGCUGGUGUGUCCUGGGCAGCGGAGAGGAGGUCCCCGGGACCCGCGUGGCCGGGAGCCAGCCAGCGUGUGAGAGCCCGCGGUGCCCGCUGCCCUUCAGCGCGACGGCUGUGGCUGGCGGGGCUGUCCUGUGCGAGCCAGCCCCGGGCCCCGGCGGGGCCAGCGAGCAGCGGUGCCGGCUACUGUGUCGCCAGGGCCACCGGAGUGUCUUCCCGCCAGAGCCGCUGGUGUGCAGCCCGGAGACCAGACGCUGGGAGUCACCGCCGCCUCAGCCCUGGGCCUGCCAGCGGCCCCAGCUGUGGCAGACCGUCCAGGUGCAAGGGCAGCUCCAGCUCCAGCUCCCGCCGGGCAAGGUGUGCAGCGCCGACUACGCGGGCUUGCUGCCGACUUUUGAGAUCUUCAUCCUGGACGAGCUCACAGCCCGCGGCUUCUGUCAGAUGCAGGUGAAGACAUCCGGGACCCCCGUGUCUGUCCCCGUCUGCGGCGACUCCGCGGUGCAGGUGGAGUGUCUGAGCCGGGAGCGUUUAGGAGCCAACAUCACAUGGACAUUGCGGCUUGAGGACGUCCCGGCCGCCUCUCUCCCGGAUCUGCGUGACGUUGAGGAGGCCUUAGUGGGCGAGGAUCUCAUUGGGCGCUUUGCAGAUCUGGUCCAAAGUGGAACAUUCCAGCUUCAGGUGGACUCCAAGACAUUCCAAGCAGACACCUCCAUCCGCUUCCUCCAAGGGGACCACUUCGGCACCUCUCCCAGGACACGAUUUGGGUGCUUGGAAGGAUUCCGCCAAGUCUCGGCCACCAGCAACGCCAGUCAGGACCCACUGGGGUGCGUGAAGUGUCCUGAAGGAAGCUAUUUCCAGAAUGAGCAGUGCAUCCCCUGUCCUGCUGGAUUCUACCAAGAACAGACAGGUAGCCUGGCCUGUGUGCCCUGUCCUGCGGGCAGAACGACCGUUUCCGUCGGAGCUUUCAGCCAGACUCACUGUGUCACUGAGUGUCAGAGGAAUGAAGCAGGCCUGCAGUGUGACCAGGACGGCCAGUACCGAGCCAGCCAGAGGGACAGGGACAGCGGGAAGGCCUUCUGCGUGGAUGGCGAGGGGCAGAGGCUGCCGUGGUCCGAAACCGAGGCCCCGUUGGCGGAUGCCCAGUGUCUGAUCAUGCGGAAAUUUGAGAAAGUUCCAGAAUCUAAGGUGAUCUUCAACGCCAGUGUUGCUGUUGGGGUCAGGUCCGAAGUUCCUGCUGCUGAAUCCUCACUGACGCAGUGCUUGGCAGACUGUGCAUUGGACGAGGCCUGCAGCUUCCUCACAGUGACCACAGCGGGAUCAGAAGUCUCAUGUGAUUUCUACGCUGGGACAAGUGACAACAUCGCCUGCACAGCUUCUGACCAGGAUCAAGAGGCGUUGGGGAACUCGGAGGCCAGCCGCUUCGGAAGUCUCCUGUGCCAGGUGAAAGUGCGGAGCGGGGAAGGAGACUCUCCGGCUGUGUAUUUGAAAAAGGGCCAAGAAUUCACCACAACAGGUCAGAAAAGCUUUGAACAAACUGGUUUCCAAAACACGCUCUCCGGAAUGUACAGCCCCGUCGUGUUCUCAGCCUCAGGAGCCAGCUUGACUGAAGUCCACCUCUUCUGUCUUCUUGCCUGUGACCAUGAUUCCUGUUGCGAUGGCUUCAUCCUCACGCAGGUCCAAGGAGGUCCCAUCGUCUGUGGGUUGCUGAGCUCUCCCAAUGUCCUGCUUUGCCACGUCAGAGACUGGAGGGAACCUCCUCAAGCCCAGGCUGAUGCCACAUGCCCUGGGGUGACUUACGAUCAGGACCGCGGCCAGGUGAUGCUGCGUCUGGGAGGCCAGGAGUUCAAGGGUCUGACAGCCCUGGAAGGCGCACAGGACACCGUUACCAGUUUCCAGCAGGUUUAUCUCUGGAAAGAUUCUGACAUGGGGUCUCGGGCUGAGUCUAUGGGAUGCAGAAGAGACAUGGAACCAAGGCCACCGUCUCCAACAGAGACAGAUCUGACCGCAGAGCUUUUCUCCCCUGUGGACCUUGACCAGGUCAUCGUCAGCGGAAACCGAUCCCUGCCCAGCAAGCAGCACCGGCUUUUCCGACAUCUGUUUUCACGUCAACAGGCACAUCUGUGGUGCCUUUCUCGCUGUAUCCAGAAGCCCUCUUUCUGUCAGCUGGCAGAGGUAAUGGACAGUGCACCCUUGUACUUCACCUGCACCCUCUACCCAGAGGCCCAGGUGUGUGAUGAUGUCCUGGAGUCCAGUCCCCAGGGCUGCAGGCUGAUCCUGCCCCACAGGCCCAGUGUCCUCUUCCGGAAGAAAGUUGUACUGCAAGAGAAAGUGAAGAAUUUUUACACUCGCCUGCCAUUCCAAAGGCUGACGGGGAUCUCCAUUAGAAACAAAGUGCCCAUGUCCAGCAAAUCCAUCUCCGAUGGCUUCUUCGAGUGUGAACGCCUGUGUGACGAGGACCCGUGCUGCACCGGCUUUGGCUUUCUGAACGUCUCCCAGUCAAAAGGGGGAGAGGUGACAUGCCUAACUCUAAACAGCUUGGGACUUCAGACGUGCAGCGAGGAAAACGGAGGAACCUGGCGCAUUUUGGACUGUGGCUCUCCGGACACUGAAGUCCGCACCUAUCCGUUUGGAUGGUACCAGAAGCCUGUGGCUCAAAAUGAUGCUCCCAGUUUUUGCCCUCCAGUGGCCCUGCCUCCCCUCACAGAGAAAGUUGCUCUGGACUCCUGGCAGUCCCUGGCCCUCUCUUCAGCAGUUGUGGAUCCGUUCAUCAGGAGCUUUGAUGUUGCGCACAUCAGCACGGCUGCCAUGGGUGACUUCUCUGCUGCACGGGACCGCUGUUUGUUGGAGUGUUCCCGUCACCAGGCCUGCCUCGUCACCACUCUGCAGACCCGACCUGGUGCUGUCAGGUGUCUGUUCUAUGCUGAUACCCAGAGCUGCACACACAGCCUGCAGGCCCAGAACUGCCAGCUUUUGCUCCGUGAAGCAGCCUCGCACAUCUACAGGAAACCAAACAUCCCUCUGCUUGGCUUUGGGACAUCUGUACCUUCUGUGACCAUCGCUGCCCAUGGCCAGCUGCUGGGUAGGUCCCAGGCCAUCCAGGUGGGCACUUCGUGGAAGCAGGUGGACCAGUUCCUGGGAGUUCCGUAUGCCACCCCUCCCCUGGCAGAGAGCCGCUUCCGGGCACCGGAGCCCUUGAACUGGACAGGAUCCUGGGAUGCCACCAAGCCACGGGCCAGCUGCUGGCAGCCAGGCCUCAGAGCGGCCACGUCUCCCGGGGUCAGUGAAGACUGCCUAUAUCUCAACGUGUUUGUCCCUCAGACCGUGGCCCCCAAUGCGUCCGUGCUGGUGUUCUUCCACAACGCCGCGGAGGGCAGGCCGAGCAGAGGACGGCUGGCCGUGGACGGCUCCUUCCUGGCUGCUGUUGGCAACCUCAUCGUGGUCACUGCCAGCUACCGAGUGGGCGUCUUUGGCUUCCUGAGUUCCGGGUCCGGCGAGGUGAGUGGCAACUGGGGGCUGCUGGACCAGGUGGCGGCUCUGACCUGGGUGCAGACCCACAUCAGAGUGUUUGGUGGGGACCCUCGGCGAGUGACCCUGGCAGCAGACCGUGGCGGAGCCGAAGUGGCCAGCAUCCACCUUCUAACUACCAGGACCACCAACUCCAGACUCUUCCGGAGAGCGGUGCUGAUGGGCGGCUCCGCAUUCUCCCCUGCCGCUGUCAUCAGGCCGGAGAGGGCUCAGCAGCAGGCAGCUGCUUUGGCAAAGGAGGUCGGCUGCCCCCCCUCACCCAUCCAAGAGAUGGUGUCCUGCCUCCGCCAGGAGCCUGCCAACAUUCUCAACGACGCCCAGACCAAGCUCCUGGCUGUGAGUGGUCCUUUCCACUACUGGGGUCCUGUGGUCGACGGCCAGCACCUCCGAGAGGCUCCAGCCAGAGCGCUGCAGAGGCCUCCGCGGGCAAAGGCGGAUCUGCUCAUCGGGAGCUCUCAGGACGACGGGCUUAUAAACAGGGCCAAGGCCGUGAAGCAAUUUGAGGAAAGUCAAGGCCGGACCAGCAGCAAAACGGCCUUCUACCAGGCGCUGCAGAAUUCUCUGGGCGGUGAGGCGGCGGCCGCAGGCGUGCAGGCCGCGGCGACGUGGUACUACGGCCUGGAGCACUCCGCGGACGACUACGCCUCCUUCUCCCGCGCCCUGGAGGCGGCCGCGCGGGACUACUUUAUCAUCUGCCCCGUGAUCGACAUGGCCAGCCACUGGGCCAGGAAGGCCUGGGGAAACGUCUUCAUGUACCACGCUCCUGAAAGCUAUGGCCACAGCAGCCUGGAGUUCCUGGCAGACGUUCAACAUGCCUUCGGGCUCCCCUUCCACCCUGCCUACGAGGGGCAGUUCACUCUGGAGGAGAAAAGCCUGUCACUGAAAAUCAUGCAGUAUUUUUCCAACUUCGUGCGAUCGGGGAAUCCCAACUACCCUCAUGAGUUCUCCAGGAAGGCGCCUGAGUUUGCUGUCCCCUGGCCUGACUUCAUCCCCCGAGAUGGCGGAGAGACCUACAAGGAGCUCAGUGCCCUGCUCCCCAAUCGGCAGGGCCUGAAAAAGGCCGACUGCUCUUUCUGGUCCAAGUACAUCCGGUCUCUGAGGGCCUCGGCAGAUGAAGCCGAGGAAGAGCCGUCAGCAGGGAGUGAAGAGGAGGACCAGCCGGCUGGCUCUGGGCUGACAGAAGGCCUCCUGGGUCUCCCAGAGUUAGGCUCCAAGAGCUACAGCAAGUGACUGGCCCCUGAGAUCGCCCACCCACCCUGCCAGCCCCACCCCAGGGGGCCACCCUGGUACCUUAUUUUCCAACACAACCCUAACUUUCAAUAAAGUGUCUACAAGCAGAGA